GUCGCGUUCAUAAACACUUCUACGAACAGCUACGUAAUCGAAAAAGAAACGCCGUGGUGACCCCACGAUGUUAUCAGAAGAGAUGUAAUCCUGCGCGCCGAGAAAAUAAGAAACCAGUAAUCCAUUGGUGCUCGCGGAUUCAACAUGUACAAAACAUUGUUCGUCUGUUCGUUUAUUUGGACGUUGCUGUUGUCCGACACCUUGGCGAUCGAAGGUGUCAAGGGCCGUCGCGUUCAUCACGAUCGAUCGAAUCUUGCCUUGAACAGCACCGUGCAGGCUGGACUCUGCUACAAGAGGAUACGUUACGCGGACGCGUUGCAGUUGAACGCCACGGGUCAAUUCCCUCACAACACGCUCCCCUCGACACCUCAGGAAGACACGAAAGGCGGAUGGAUCACGAUUUUGGACUGCUGCGACGGCUACGAGCGUAAUAUCAAUUCCAAUGGCUGCGAUCCUCGCUGCGACGAAGGAUGUUUGGGUGGGAAUUGCACCGGGCCAAAUGUAUGCACUUGUUCAUCAGGCUGGGUGCCUCAGAAGGGCAUCUGUAUGCCAUACUGCGAGCAACUGUGCCAAAAAGACGCUUAUUGCUUCUCGCCGAACGUGUGUACUUGUAAACUAGGUUACGAAGAAGAAAACGGCGAGUGUAAACCAAUCUGCCCCGGUGGCUGUAAAAACGGCGAGUGUGUGGCACCCCGGACAUGCAGAUGCAGGCCAGGAUACGUGAUUCAACCAUCGCCGGAUAGCUCGACCGGCAUCGAGGCGAAAGAGUGCGUGCCUGUGUGCGAAAAUGGCUGUCGGAACGGAGAAUGCACUGGCCCCGGAGUGUGCACUUGUCACGAAGGAUUCGUGAAUCCGUCGGGUGACAGGGAGUCGUGCGUUCCUAGCUGCCCUUCCGGCUGCUCCAACGGCGAAUGCAUCGCGCCAGGUGUCUGCGAGUGCAAACCAGGCUACAUCCUCAACGGGACCAGCUGCGCCCCGGAGUGUCCUCAAGGUUGCGUCAACGGAGAAUGCAUCGCGCCCAAUGUCUGCAAAUGUCCACCAGGCUUCAACCUCGACUCCACGAACAAAUGCGUCCCCGAGUGUCCUCGAGGUUGCACCAACGGAGAGUGCGUUCCUCCAGGUGUCUGUCAAUGCAAACCAGGCUUCACCCUCAACUUCAACGGCAACAAAUGCAUUCCAGAGUGUCCCCAAGGUUGCGCCCAUGGCGAGUGCCUGGCCCCUGGAAUCUGCGACUGCAAUCCAGGCUACGUUCCAGAUGACAACCGCGCGUGUGUCCCGCAUUGUCCACAAAACUGCGGCAAUGGCGUGUGCGUCGCUCCAGGGGUUUGCAACUGCAACACUGGCUACGCCCGCGACUCCUAUGGUAGAUGCGUCGACACGCUGCAAGCCGAGUCGAAGGUCACCGACUGUCAAGUCGAUUGCGGCCCAAACGCCCAAUGCGUCGGCGUUAACAAAUGCACGUGCAACAUGGGCUUCCGCCUGGACCCGGAUACCAGAAGAUGCGUUCCGUUCUCGAAUUCAUUCGAGUGCAGAAACGGCUGCGGUACCAACGGCCUCUGCGUCGGCCCUGACAUGUGCAUCUGCAACUACGGAAUGGCCGUCGACCCAGUCACUGGAAGGUGUCCCGAGUCUAAUCAACAGUCGAAUCAGCAAACCGAGUCGCAGUGUCAACCAGACUGUGGACCAAAUGGCAGCUGCGUAGGCCCGAAUCGUUGCCUCUGCGACUACGGGUUCGCGGUCGAUCCCGAUACCGGAAGAUGCAUCCCUCAAAGAGGAAGUCAAAUAGCGGAGCCCUUUUGCGAGCUGCCGUGUCUCAACGGAGACUGCACCGGCCUGAAUCGGUGCACGUGCAAACGUGGCUACACCAUAAGCCCCUCCGACGUGACUCGAACUAAAUGCGUGCCGGUAUGCAUAGGCGGAUGCCAUAACGGCGUCUGCACAGCGCCGAACCUCUGCAUCUGCAAUCCUGGUUACAGGAAAGAGUCUGGCGUCAAGGGCAGACAGAGAUGCGUUCUGAAUUGUCGCGUUAGUAUCGUUCAUCCAUUGAUACACUGCAGACCGCGUCGAGACAGAUCCCGAAACAUGACUUCUUUUUACAUUGUAUUUUUCGUUGUUUUUCCUCAACUAACCGGAAUCGUGCCGACGAUGUUGGCCUAUAGCAUUACCUACGGAAAUUGCAACAAGCUAGUCAGUUACAGAACUACGCAGCUCGUUCCGUACAGGGAGACCUAUCGAGUCAGAAAAUGGGGGAUCUUUUACGAAACGAAAGUCCGAUGGAACUACAGAAAGGAGUAUUACACCGCCUAUCGCACCGAAAAAGAAUGCUGUUCUUCCUAUGAAAUGAGGAACGACACUUGCGUGCCUGUCUGCAUACCUGAAUGCGUGAAUGCCCACUGCGUGGAGAACGUUUUAUAUAAAAAAGAUCACAUUUGUGACUGCAAGGAGGGCUACAGGCUAAUUAAUUAUUACUCUUGCGAGCCUGUUUGCGACGAGUGUCACAACGGAGAGUGUGUCAAACCGAACGUGUGCGAAUGCAAUCGGGGAUAUAAGAUGAACGAAAACGAAAUCUGCGAGCCAAUCUGUAACCAGGACUGCGAAGCGGAACACGCACGUUGCACCGCCCCGAAUCAAUGCUCGUGCAUAGAAAAUUACGAACCUACGGACGAUCGCGAUACGUGCAAGCCGAUCUGCCGUGUCACGUGCCAAAAUUCAGAAUGCACCGAACCGGAUGUUUGCACUUGCCACGACGGCUACGAGUCAGAUCCCGAGGACGUGUUCAAUUGCGUGCCAAAGUGCGAGAACGGUUGCCAGUUCGGCACUUGCACGGCGCCGGGUGUCUGCACUUGCAAUCCAGGAUACCAAAUGACAGAAAACAACUGCGAGCCGAUCUGCAGCGAGCCCUGCGAGAAUGGCUAUUGCGGAGCGCCGGAACGUUGCAUUUGUCACGAGGGCUACGGAUUGCUCAGCGACUCUAUGUACGCCUGUCAACCAGUCUGUGAAAGAAUUUGCGCGAACGGGAUGUGCACGAGUCCCAAUUACUGUGAUUGUCACAACGGUUACGAAAGGAUAAACGACUACGAGUGUAGGCCAAUUUGCGAAAUUCCAUGCGAACCGUACGGAGAGUGCACCGCUCCCAACACUUGUACUUGCAUAGAGGGCUAUCAAUUCGAUCAGAGCCACAUUGAGUAUACGGGAUUCUACUCCUCCAUGUCCGCCUGCAAACCUAUCUGCGAGCAGACUUGCGAGAACGGGUAUUGCAGUGCACCAGGGGAGUGCAGCUGUUACCCAGGCUACGCUGAAUCAAAGAACCACGAGAAUGUCUGCGAGCCAAUCUGCAACGAAGAAUGCGUGAAUGCGUACUGCAAGGAUCCGGAUGUCUGCGAAUGUUACCCAGGUUAUAGUCUGAUGGCGAGAAAUCACUGUGAACUGUGCACAAGACCUUGCGUGAAUGGUCUCUGUGUCGGUCCCAAUGAAUGUGAAUGCAUGAACGGUUACCAUCCAAAUCCAAAGGAUCCCUUUAUCUGCGAACCAACCUGCGACGAAGAAUGUCUGUUUGGAACUUGUUCUGCGCCCAACGAGUGUUCUUGCAACGACGGAUAUCGAAAGAAGAACCAAACAGUGUGCGAGCCUGUUUGCCACGAGCCCUGUAUCAACGGCUACUGCAGUGCUCCUGGAAUGUGCAGCUGCAACUCUGGCUACAAAUUGUCACACGACUUUGAUGCCGCUUGCGAACCAAUCUGUGACCAGUCGUGCGUUAAUGGAUUCUGCAGCGAGCCGAACAAGUGCAAAUGUCUGGCAGGGUAUCGACAAUUGGAGAACAACUCCAGCACUUGUGAACCGAUCUGCGAGCAAGGAUGUUCAAACGGAUACUGCACUAGCCCAAACAAAUGCACCUGCCAACCAGGCUAUCAAUCAUCGGAGAACAGUUCGAAUAUUUGCGAACCUGUUUGUAAUAACCCUUGCGACAAUGGAUUCUGCAGCGCACCGGAGACAUGCAGUUGCAACGAAGGUUACGGCCCAUCGAGAAACGUUUGCGAACCUGUAUGCACGAUACCGUGCGUUAACGGUACCUGCGUUGCACCAGACACCUGCAAAUGCAGAGAUGGCUACGAGUUGGUAAAUAACGGAACAACGUUCGUCUGUGAACCUGUUUGCGACUUUGAUUGCGGGAAUGGUAGCUGCACGUCCCCGAACGAGUGUACCUGCCACGUGGGUUACGCGACGAUCGCCAGAAAUCAUUGUCAACCAUUUUGCGAAUCUUGCGACAACGGAACGUGCGUGGAACCUGAGCUCUGCGUAUGCAACGUAGGUUUCGAUUCGGUCGAGGAGGAGAAUCGAACCUUUUGCGAACCGCACUGCGAGAUUUGCUCCAAUGGAGUAUGCGUGGCGCCCGGCGACUGUCGAUGCAACGCUGGUUUCAUCAAAGAGGACGACGAUAAUUCGAGCGACUGUGUGAGCGCGUGUAAAAACAAUUGCAACGAUCGUGGAACUUGCGACGUCGAGAACAGAACCUGCCACUGUUUCUACGGAUGGGACGGGAUGCAUUGCGAGGAACAGCAAUUUUGCAUCGUGACGAUGAACUACACGGACGAACGUCUGAACGCAUCAAACAUCGAAUACGAGGUAAACGACACGAUUGGUUACGUGUUUGCCAAUAGUCCACUGUGCUACCGCGAUUGUUUAGGCGAAAUCAACAACGAGACCUUGUGUUUUGGGAAGUAUGAAAUGGACGACACAGAUAAUGACACGAUCGCCUGUCUAAUCAGCACAGAUACCAAUUGUCAUCGAGCACAUGUAGAACGCCAGAAAAGCCUGAGUUAUGCAACAAUAACCGGAAUCGUGUGUGCUACAGCGAUUACAACUAUUAGCGGCGCCAUGGUCUAUUCGUUGAUACGGAAGAGCAGGAAGAGGAACUUUUCUCUCGGUAACAACGCCGCAACAACGACUCAAGGACAACCUAUCCUUUCAUCCGAAGAAGAUAAUAACCUUUAAUUGCAAGAUGAAUCUUGUUUUACAAAUUUUGUUAAAUUAUUAGAUAAUGCUCUUUUUUUCUUUUUUUUUUUUUAAUAAAAUUUUAAUUGUCAUAUGAUCGACCAAACUGUUAGUAAUAAGUUCCACGCGAUUAAAUGCAUUUCUUCAAGAGAUUCAUUUAUCUAGAUCUAGAUUUAGAUUUAGAAGAAUCAUCAGAAAUUUUUAGACUUUGGAGAUUUUACAUUUCGUUUGCUUAACAAUCGCUGUUAAAAGAAUUUACACAUUUUUCUUUUCUUUCUAAUGAGAUGAUUAACAUUUUCUGAAUUCAAAACUCAUUUCCCUUCAUGCCACUCUUUUCCAAAUCCGAGCUCAGAUAAAA